AUGGCCGCGUUGUCAGGUAGCUCCUCUGAGUGUUGCACGCUCAAAAAGACUCUAAAUAAGUUAACAUCCAAAACAUCUGCCUCCCCAAGGGCGCGAACCCACUCGGAACCGUUGUACGUGAUCUCUCUGGAACGCUACGGCAGAGACCCAGACUUCGAAAUCCGUUUUCCGGACGUUAUUUCUAUGUCAGACAGUCUGUUUGAUGCUACCAUCACGGACGGAGAUUGUAAGAUCCGCGUAUCGCUGGAUCCCGCUGUCAAUAGACUCAUCAGCAGGAAUAAACUGCACUGCGGGUCCGUCAUACGGAAUGUGGAGUUCAGCCGCGGCGAGGAUAACGAUGGAGACGGCGGCACGUAUCAUGUCUGUAGUCUGGAGGUGGACAGACUGUCCGGCGGUGAUGCGGCUCUUCGGGCACUCUCGUCGGUGAAUGUGAGGUCUAUUCCGUGGAUGGGAGGAGAACCGGAUGCAGGUCCGCUCAGAGCCCGGAGAAGCUCGUACCUGCCGCUGUGGAAUAAUCAGGACUUUUACGGAGAGAUGUGGCGGGACACACCCCCAUCUGAACCUGGUGCCGAGGAGGAAUCUGAGGAUGAAAUAGAGGAUACACGGUCCACGAUUUCACUCGCUGUAAUACGCAGACGUUUCUUAAGUGGAUCUCGGCGGUUCGAUGGAGCUGUGUGUGUACGGAUCCUGCACAAAUCCAGACUGAUGUAUUAUGGGAAGGCAGAUCAGAAAUGUGAAUGUCCCUAUAAGGCAGAGUUACUGGUUGCGGAUGGCACUUCCAGUGCUUGUGUUGUGCUGUGGAACACACUUUGUUUUGACUGGUAUAGAAUCCUGCAGCCUGGUCAAGUUUUGAAAUUGAGUCACUACAGAGUCAAGGAAAGUUUUAGCAGUCGCUCAGGGCAAGAAUCAGAGCCACACAUCGAGAUCAGUCUUAAUUCCAGGAAUCCCACUGCUCAAAUUUCCAUCAUCCCCAAGAACCAAAUUUCCCCCGAUUGGGCAUUGCCAGACCUGCCUCAUACGUUCAUCUGCAGCCGGGAACUUCCUAGUUGUCCACAUGGCGACAUCUGUGAUGUCAUUGGUGUGGUGAUUUUCAUAGGUCGAUCAGAACGUGUCAGGAGGCAAGAUGGGCAAAGGUCAGAGUUGGAAGAGUAUCGGUGGCUCCAGUUGGAGGAUGGAACGUCAGAUAAGCCAAUCAUGAUCAAGCUUUUCUCCACAUCACAGCCUGAAAUUCAAAGUCGAAUCUAUCCAAUGUCACUGGUUGUCUGUACAAGAUUAAAACUCAUCAGAAGUACAGUUGACAGAGCUACAACGUUUGGGUAUCUCACAAAUACAUCACUGACUCAGGUUUACUGCACAGGCACAGGUUCUCACCCUGUGAUGCCAUACAGAGGGGUACGUCCAAUCCGACAGUUUCUCCAGUGGCUGAAGCAGGUGGAUGAGAGCAGCAUGCUAGAAAGGGCUGUGAUUGGAGGAUACUUCAACUACCCGCCUCUUCCUGUUUCACUGCAUAUUUUCAUGGAAAACAGACAAGGGGAAGCUGGUCUUAUUAGUGGAGGAGAGAUCAAAUUAGCAUGCGAGAGGUUGAAUUACAGAGAAAGGCGGAGAUUUGCUAUUCAGUGUGUCAUCACUGCGGCCUGCUAUCACCACAGAGAGGACAGCGAGCAAACACAGUAUUCAGAUCUUCCUUCUGCUCCGCUCAGCCCUAGAGUGCCACGCCAAAGAGAGAGGAUUGAACCUCAACGGACAACUGUGAAGAGGAAACUUUUCAGCAGUACCACCCCUAGAAAGAGGUUAGCACCACCUCUGCAGCCGCCAGUAAUAGAAGACGAUGCAGAUAGAGAUUUCUCUUUGUUUGAUGGUGCUAUGGAGUUUCUGGUUGGAGAAUGUGACGACGACAGUAAUGAUGACGAAGGGGAUGAUGAAGACUUCUCGACUCCGCCCACUAGUCCCAUGACCUCACGGCUGGGACUGACCCGUGCUGCCCUUGAAACCCUGCCACGGGUUUUUUGUUAUGAGCGACGACACAUUCAGGCUGCUGCUGUGGGGAUGCAAGCUAACGCCUUUCACAAGCUCCUCCCACAAAGAGAGCUGCAGUCAUUUAGCCCCGCCUCCUGCUACACAGGCUACUUCACCCUAACAAUGAGAGCUUUGUCAGAUGGAGUGACCCUUGAUGUUAUUUUUCUGCCUACUGGCCCUGGAAACUUGCACUGGGCCCCUCUCCCCCUUUCACAUGAUAACUCAUGGGAGUCUCUUUUAUCACAUGGAGGGUUUUCACCCCAUGCCCCACCCCCAAGCCCAGCUGACCUGAUCACCACAGCCGAUCAACUCACCAAUCAACGAUUGCUAUGCGUGUUAGAGGCGUGCGCAUUAGGUGGAGACAAGGUGGAGUUUGUGCUAAACCGUGCAUUUCCAUUACGGUAAUAGAAAAACAUUCUAU